AAGUUCGGUAUUCCCAGCUCGACGCCAUGGCAGCGCGAUUGACGAGAGCAAUAGCGGCCUUCGAAACUUCCGGCCACGGCCUCUCAAGACCCAGAUUAGCAUCUUCUUCAUCUUAUCCUUCGGAAUCGGAUUCCGCUGAGACGGCGUCGUCGCAGAAGUCGACUAAGAAGCUGACGGAUCGUCUCUCCGCUGUAGUCGACGCCGUUAACGACCGUAAACUUCCUCCUGAAUUCCGUGGCCGGCGUAACGCCGUUAGGUCAGAGACUGACAUUAUAAAUGUUGUUGAGCAACGAAUAUGGCAUUCAAUGGAGCAGGGACAAUUUGAGAAUUUGCCAGGGAAAGGAAAGCCGUUGGACCUCAGCAGCAAUCCCCAUGCUGAGGACACCUUAUACCGGAUUCUCUCGCGGAAUAAGUGUGCUCCAGAAUGGGUUGAAUUGAACAAAGAGAUAAGGGAUAAAGUUGCAGUGUGGAGAUCAAGCCUGAAGAAAGCAUGGGGAUACAGAAGUAGUGGUAAUGAUGCUAAAUGGGUCGAGUAUUCAGAGGCUUUGAAGUUGCAGAUGCGUGACAUAAAUGACAAGGUUUUCCGGUACAAUUUAAUCGUUCCAUUUGGCCGUCAAAUGUUUGGAUUGAAGUGGGAGAAAGAACUUGAUAGCUUGAAAGAGGAAGGUCUAGAAAGCCAAGACAUUUCGUGAUAUAUACUUGCUUUCGUUUUUAUUGCUUGGUUGGUUUCUCCUUUUCUCCUAAUAUUUUGUCUUUGCUGGCUUGCUCAUUUAGUAUUCUUGGAAGGAAGGAGGAAAUAUUCAGUUAUAGGUAGACUGUCAUUUUCCCCUUUUUAGCAUUUAGCAUAUAGCAUAUAUAUAUAUAUAUAUAUAUACACACACACACACACAUAUCUCUACUACGGUGAGAUAACUUCUGGGUUGCACCUUAGAGUUUGACUCUUACUCAUAAAAGACCUUGCCUAGACUUAAUUUCUUCCUUUAGAUUUGGCGGAAAGCCGGAAACAGAUUAGCUGUAUGAUACUGUAAAAGGUUGUAGCACUUGGAAUACAAUAAGGAUAUAUGGAAGGAAAGAUUUAGUGAUA